AUGUCGGUAUCAUCAGGUAUUGAGAGCCUUCCAGAGGCCACAGCCUCAGCUACAACAGACAGACCUGUGGCGGUGCCAUCUUCGACCCCGCCGCCAUCAAUACAGCAGGCUUCAACCGAGUUUCAAGGAUGGUCUAUGGGUCCCACAGGAACGUCUGCCAUGAUGUGUUCUUCUGGUGUCAAUUUCCAGACAUCUGGAAGAUUUGGCAUCUGUUGUGCGUCGGACCCAUGUUCUAUGGCCACCGUUUGCGAAGAUAACACGGUUACCUACGAUAACCAAGAGACAUUUGCUUGCGGCACGGAGUAUUCGUGCGUCACAAUGAAACUCUAUCAAACGCCAGCUCCGUUCGAGGUCGGCAACCCAACCUCGAUCAUAGUAUGCGGCCGCAACUGGGCGGCGCAUACCAUUUACCGGAAUCAGGCCCCAGAACUCACAACAGCCGACGAGACCGUGACCACAACUCAGCCAAUCUCUCGUGAUACCACCUCGACAACACAAACAUCCUCAUCCACCUCAGCCGCCUCCACAGACGACAGCACUACCGACAGUAGCGCCUCUCUCCCCGUAGGUGCCAUCGCCGGCGGCGUUGUCGGUGGCGUCGCCCUCGUCGCCCUCGUCGCUCUCGUCUUCUGGUUCCUCCGCCGCCGCUCGAGGCAACGGGACAUCGCGACAAAAGCGCAAGCAACAGGAAACUACGGCGCGUACGGCGCCGGGGCUCCGGGCAGCGAGCAUCCCAGCGAGUCAGCCACGGCCGCCAUGUCCAUGUCUCAGUCCGACCGGCACACGUGGACGCAGAGCCCCCCUCACCAGGGCGGCGGCCCAGAGCACUACUCGAGUCCCGGGUAUCCGAUGCCGCACGGUCACCAACUUGUUCCGCAGCAGCCGCCUUUGGGCGAGCUCGGGUCCUGGCAAGGUCACGGGCUUGGGCCUGGCCCAGAGGCGAUGGAGCUGGACGGAAGCUACGCGAACGAGGCCGGCAGGCAAAGACCGUUGUCAGAGUUGCCGGUGGACGGGCACCAUGGGUCCGGAGGCUCGGGCUAUGGGAGGUGA